AGGAAGAUGGUAUAUCCGUUUCUGUCAUCAGUCAUGAUUUCCGUGACUGUUCUCCUGGGUCCCACACCGUCCUCCUAACAGCACCGAACUCCCAUAAAGUUUUACGUCGUCUGAUUCCAAGUAGUUGUGCCUGCAACUUCUUGUAUGUUUCUUCAUGUUUUAGGCGCAAAAUCCUCCAUAUUGUAACAGAAACAAACUCACCUCACUAUCGAUCAUGAUAUUCAUAUUUAUACUUCUUACUAGAUGUCUCACUUCUUUCUCCGUCGACCAAUUGAGACAUCCCCUAGGACUAUAAUAGGCUGUACUCGGUUCUUAGAUUCUGCCCAAGAACAGGUGGAGGCGCAAAGAUACCCGACAUGAGGCUAUAUUUUGAAAGUUGGCAUCAACAUGAUCAGUCUCGUUCCACAUCUUAACUUGAAGUUGAUAACUUCGAUAAAGCAAGAAGACGAUGGUACGUCCAACGAGUUUGCCAUCUGCUCGCCGUCCCUUUUUGUUUGCAAAGAGCAGUGACGGAGAUCAUACAGAUACAGAUACAUACCUUCACGACCGUGGUCAAGGGUCUACGCAAGGAGCGACCUUCGUUCCCCCACGUCCUAGGUAUGGCCCACCAUCGAAGCCACCCGGAAGAGGGGAAGGAUCCUCAGCUACCGGUUCCUCAGAUACAAGGAGACGACAGGAGCUCGAAGGAUCCUCCGCUACCUCUUCAGAGACUGGGAGACGACACCUCGUAGUUCUAGAGGAAGAUCAUGAUGUUGGAGUAACAUCUUCGGGACUACUUGGUGGGAGUCGUGGCUUCCAAGUUCUUGAGCAGGAACAGGAUGCAUCUUCCUCGAGUUCUCAAUUUGAUGGACCUCUAUUCGGCGAGGAAGUCGUCCGAGCAAAGUUGGAGAGGGAAGAAAGCAGAAGUGACCACAGUGGUAGUCCUGGAGCUGGUGUUGGUGUUGUUCCUCCUGUUGGUGGACAAGAUCGUCAGCGAACAAUAAAGAUGAAGCGGCCACAUCCCGGCUCCGCAGAAGACGAAGAUAGUACAACUUCUAGGGUCGUUACAUCAACAUCACCUCCUGUGACUCCCUCUUUCCCAGUUCAACGAGCUACUCCUGCGCCUCCACGACCACAGGUCUUUGAGGGUCCGCCGGCAAAAACAUCGGUGAAGCGGCAAAGAACUUCUACAUCGGAACAACGAACUCCUGGUGGUGGUGGUGUGGCGCCACAAAAGAUUCUUUCAUCCACUUCUACUAAGAACAAAAAGGUCGUGCAGUUUCCUACGACUCGAGAUGAAGAAGCGCAAGUCUUGCAUUAUCAACCUCAUCAUCGCGGAAGUACAAGUAGUAAUAAUAGUUCUUUGCACGAUCAAGCUUUUUCUAGUACAACAACAACAAGUACAGGUGCUGGUAAGAAAAGUAGAUCCUCAAAACAUCGUGGUUUUGAAAGACAAGGACCAGGACCUGUCCUUGAAAAACGAAGACCAGAUGAACCUAUUGAACAGCCGAUGGAGGUGCAGGUGGACGAAUCUUCACUAGGUUCGAGAUCGAGAGAGGCAGGACCACGUCGCUCAGUACGAGAGGCCUCAGAUGUUGAUCAUCGGGAGCAGGCGUCUCCUGGUGGCCUUCUGGAGCAUGCUCAGUCCUUGCGGGCCAGUAGACCGGGAGAGGGGACCUUUACGGAAGCUCUACUAUCGGCGCGGGAGCAACGCGAGGAGUCUCUACGACAGGAGCAGGAACAGAAGCUAAGGCGUCGUAGAAGUAGUAAGCAGAUGAAGAAGGAGGAUAAGCUUCGUAAGCGAGAGGAAGAGGAGGACGAGCGCUUUCGAAGACAAGAGCAGGAUAUUCGUCGUAGGCAGGAAGAGCAGAGUCGACUCCUUAAGCAGCAAGAAGAGGAGGCUAAGCGUCUCACCGAGCAGCAAGAAAGCAUUCGUCGACGACAAGAGGAGCAAGACAGGCUGCUCAGAGAGCAAGAAGAGGAAGCAAAGCGUCUUCACCAACAAAAAGAAGAAAUUCGUCGCAGGCAGGAAGAGCACGAAAAGCUUCUUAAGGAGCAGCAAGAAGAGGAGGAUAAUCUCCUGAGGCAGCAGGAAGAAGAGAAAAAGCGUCUAGAACUGCAGAUGAAACAGAAAGAGCACGAAAAGCUUCUUAAAGAGCAGCAAGAAAGACGUGACCUACAGCCAACUUUUCACAUAGUAGAAGAUGUCGACAUUGCCGUUGCUGAAGAAGAUGCGACGCUCACCGAAGCAGAGGAACUGCUGCAACGAGAACGCGGUACAACCGAAGCAGAACAACCUCCGAAGCAGCGUGUUGACCUCCGUGAAGAUGCUAAUAUGCAGCUUGUUCUUGAGAAAGAUGUAGAGAUGAAGAUGAGCAACAGCAACGACCCUGAUAGAGAAGAGCAAGAGGUUGCACAACUACAUCAACAGGCAGAUGAUGAGAUGAAAGUAGAACUGGAGCAGGAACAGCAGGCUUUCGCUUUAUCAGCUGAUGAAAUGCAGAAUGAGUCUGAACCUGGUGGAGAUUCAGAGUACAUUCUCAUACCUGAUGAGUCUUCAACACGCAAGAACAAAAAACUAGGAAGGCAGCAACCCUCUGGUGAGGGAGAGGCCGCUCCUGAGGCAGAGGCGCCUCCUCUUGUAGAAGGUGGAGACGAUGAUGUACAUUUGGUAGAAGGGGAGGGGCAGGGUGCUGCAGGAGACCUUUUGGACCUGGCGGACUUGUCUGGAGCGAGACGUAUGAGACCACGUCGGCAAAUGGAAGCGGAGGCUUCGAGUAGCUCUGGGUCUAGUGAUGGUGGGAGUGAUGACGACGGCGAUAUACCUCAAGGAAAAUUACGGCUACUUUUUCACUUUUCUUUUCAAGUGGACCUGCCUCCAUGCUGACCGAAGUGCCCCAUGUAGUAUGAUUUAAAGGGGAAACCAAGGCCAAAAGGGCAACUCACUUAUAACCAGGCAUAGUGAAAGACUGGCGUUAAGAAAGCCUGCGGAAAAGAUACCGCUCAAGGACAGGCUGGCCAAGGAUUCUGCGCCACAACAAAGAAUGACAGUUGUGCGUGCUGGAGAGAAACCCUUGGCGACACCAUCGCAGCCAUCGGAAGUAAAGCAGUUCGUACCGCAAGGAGAGUUCAAGAAAGGGUGGGCGUGGUACGUGGAUUUCUUUGGAAAGCAAUUGGCUGCUCAACUUAGGCAGGACCAAGCUGAAAGCGGCAGGGCCUACCAAGCAAGCGCCGCGGCUCGAAAUGCGCACGCACGAGGCGCAGCUCAGGUUGCGGAUUUUCUGCGAGAUCAGCGAGCAAAAGACAGCAGCUCUGCACGUGCACGACGAAUGCGCGAACUGCGGAAGAAAGAUCGACACGCAGGCGCGAAAAACUGGAGCAUGGUCAAUUAAGGCUCCAUAGAUGCGAUUCAUUUAUUAAGUAGAGACUUCUACAAAGCAUUAGCAUUUUGCUCAGUGUUUCCUUGAAGGAUUCUAAAAGCAUCAUUACUGACAGUAGUUGCUCAAUGUUUCGGGUUCCUUAUCAUGAAGAAUUACCUAAGAGGAAAUACAUAGAGUAGCAAGAACUUCUUCAUGAAGAAUUGCUUUGAGCUCUAAACCAAGGCUCGUAUAGACGCAAAUAAAGCGGAGAAGAUCGCUGCACGAGAGGGAGGACCAUUGCGCAAGCAUGCAUCCGCAGCGUUGCGACUUUUGAGCAAGAGAAAAGACGGCCUCGGAAUAUCCUCUGAGGAAGCGAAGAAAAUGGCAUCUGAAGAAUCGAAUAAAUUCUUUCAGGGCGUGUCCCUUUUCUCCCUCGCACCACCAAAGACACUCACUGGGAUGCAGGUUAAGUCGCCACAGGAAGGUGAUGAGACUCAACAGGAAGAAGAACAAGUCGCAACAGGAGGAGCGCCAGUAGCAGCUGUAACGAAGGUUCCUGCCCCUCAGUUGUUGCCGCAUUUGGACCACCGAUUACUGAAGAUCAACGAGUACCUGGAUCCACCGUUAGGGCUGACCUCGAUGUCGAUAAUUCAUUCACAUCUUUACUAUACAUAGAGUACGUAAAGAGUACUCAACACCUCAGGCGCAGUUUCAGCUUCAGCCUCAGUGUCCUCGAAUUAUGAGACGAGGAACUACUUAGAAUAUCAAUAUUUCUUGACUUAUUCUAUCCUGAACCUGAGCUACUUACUUAGAAUCAAUACUGAUUUUCGUAGAAUAUCAAUAUGAUCGACACUUAUAUUCUUACUCUGAGGAAUCAAUACUGAUCUUCGUAGAAUAUCGAUAUCAACACCUAUAUGUUUUUUUACACUCUGAGCUCCCUCUUCUAACGCCAACCCAAAGACGCAUCGAUGGAACGCGUCGUCCGGAAGAAGGUGCUAUGGCACCAAUAGCGCGGACUGUGACGCUAGACCCUACCGCCAAAAUGGAGUGGAUCGAGGCGUUUCGAGAACAGUUAGGGCUUGUUUUCUGAAACCUUGUCCUACGUACUCUUUAGUAAAUUAUUUUUGAUUUUCUUGAGGCUGCCCCAUAUAUUGUAUUUCAUCUCGAUUGCGUCACCUCUAGGCAGUUCUUUACGUUAUUGAUUUCCGAGGUAGGGGCCACGACAUUUUUUUAUAAGGGGAAAUUAUUGUUUUUUGUUUCCUAGUUAGGUGUGCUCCACCCAUAUAUAUUGUAAGGGGAAAACAUGCCCGCAGAAAGAAGAUGUUAUGCAUCCCAGGAUGAUCAUGAAUUUGGGUCGUGUAUGAGUUCCUCUCUAAGACAGGGACACGAGACGACUUUGGCUGAAUUAGACGUGGUUCAUGGUUUUCGACGUCUUGCAGCGCGUCACUUUCAGGAGUUUCGUCGACAAGUCUACACCCGAGUCAGCGGCUACACAGCUCACGAUGCUGCGCGGGAACGACAAAGGAACUACCUCGAAGACGAGUUCGGUCUCAAAGAUGAGACAACGAUGUUUAUUUAAGGCCGCUCUUUUGCUUUUCAGAAGGUACAAAAAGGGUGAAUGACCUCUACUUAACUGGUAGACUUGAACAUGUUGUAGUACCUGAGGAGGUGACACGACAUGGCAUUCAUAAGUCAUCUUACUUCACAGCGUAGGUAUCUCUGUCUCUCCUUGUUUCCUCCUUGGAUUCAUCUGGAGACGAUAUGAAUUGUUGAAAGGAUGUUGAAUCAAAAAUUAGGUGAAGAUGUGUGAGCAUCUCUAAUUUAUGAAGCAGGCAACGGCAGGGGCAGGGGACGUUGGUGGGGAGUUGAAGUCCGGAGGUGAUCCGAAGUCCGGCUUAGCAUCCACUUCUACAUCUUCGUUUAAGGGCCUUGGGAGUGCUGAAGUUGCUCCUAGGAGUGGCGAAAGUGAGUUCAGUAAUUCGAUCGUACCGCGAAUUGGAAUAGCCGACAAAGACUACGUCUCGAAUAGUGAGGUUCUUGCUUUGGCAAAACGCUUCUUAAAAGGAACCUACGUCGGCUCUGGUCCCGCAGAAAUUCUAGAUGCGGCCGCAGGAGACGAAAAGAAUAAAGAUGCCCUCGGUCCAAGAUUAAGGCUCAUCAUUAUACUAUGAACAUCUAGUGCAUCAUUCAUCCCAUCUAGCUCUCCAAUUCAUUGUUGUAGACUAGGCGAUUACGACUCUUUAUCUCUCACGUCUUUUGACUGUUAUUCCAGUUUCCACCUUCUUAGGUGGAUAUGAUAAUCGAAAGAGUGAACAUAUGAAAUGAAUUAUAGAAUUCUUGCUUAAUAGAAGAACAAGAGCUCCUUCUCUAAUCAGAGGUCCUAGUGAAAAAGAGAAAAAGCUUUACCACUGGAUGAGAACAGGGCGGCUGAAGCAAAAACAGGGAGUAACAAAAACAGCAAAAGAUUUAGCGGACCAACUCUUUGUGACGCCGACGACCCGCGAUAUUAAGGCCUAAUGAAAUCAUGCAUCAACAAAUAUGUCGACAUCUGGAAGAAGAAAAGAACAAGAUUCAUUUUCAAGUCAAUGCGAUUCUUCACAUCAUCCAUCAAAAUGCUGUUAGUCUUUAUUCAGUUUCAGAUGAUUCUUCAGGUGAUUCUUCUGCAUAGCUGUUUUCCAUUUCCUACAACCUCCCCUCUUGUUCUAACGUCCAUUACAAAGUAGAUCCACGAUCGGCUGAGCGAGACGCGCGAGAGGUGAUCCAACGUCGGUUCACGCGACGGGAGGCGAAAGCCAUGGCUGGACGAGCAAAGCGCGGACACGAGGGAGAGCAAGCACCGGUCGGAGGAGAUCAAGUUAAGGUGGAUAGGGAUUUGGUUGUAAGUAAGGAUUUUUUAGGGAUCUAAUAGUUGUAGUUUUUAAGUUUCAAGUUGAGAAUCAUGAUAGGGUUCUUCUAGUUGUAAGGGCUUAGGGAUAAUCUAGUUGAUAGGGAUUUAGUUGUAAGGACAGCUAUAGUAGUGGGGAGAUCAAGUUGAGGAUCAUAGGGAUCUUCUAGUGAGGACAGGGAUCUAGUUGUACUUACUCGUCACAAGGUGUCCAGCCUUACGCUUACCUCUAUUCCUUCUAACGAAGAUCCUAUCUCGAGUGUGUUGCAAAUUUGCGUAGAAUACGGACCUAUAGGUGGCACGUGGCUGCCGCGCCCAGUGAUUGCAGAGCCGUGGGACAGUAGCGACGAUGAAGAUUUCAUUAAGAAGGUUUUGGCCAAGACGGGUGCUGGGGACGAGAAGGUGAUGAAACAACACCGAAAUAACGAGCGCAAAAGGGAAUUGUUGGCGCGACAGAAGGCCAGCAUGCUAGAUUUGAAGGAGUUGCGAAAACGUGUUGCUUUGGAACGUGAUCCUAAUGCUCGUGGAAGGGCAGACCUGGAUCCAGCGAAGGCGCGAACUCAAGCUCUGAUGGCUCUGCGCAAAGGCUCGAAGAAGAUUCGUCGUGGAAUUUUAUGGCCCAGGACCACGACUUUGAGAGAGUAUUUUUCGUCUCGUAGUACAAGACCAGCAUCUUCUUGUGGGUAGGUGUACCCUUUCAUCCGACCUCAUAGAUGAAUAGAUUUAUUUACAAGGGCAAGAGUACUAUGGGCUCGAGGAUAAAUUGCAGUUCACUAGAAUAGAAUUGCAGUUCACUAGAAUACAAGGACAAGGGUACGGGUACCAAGAUGAGGGAAUAAUCGUUAUAAUGUACCAAGAUAAGAGGAGGUACUAUGAUUUCCUGCUAAAGAGUCAUCUUGGUACAUUAUACAAAUUUAACAUUAAGUCUCUCUGCUCUAAGAAUUCUGCAGCCUACUCCUGAGGACUCGGAAGAGGAAAUGGAUGUGCCAUUAGAGGACCGAAAGCAAGAGGAGGUACUACGUGAGUUGGAACGAACGGCUAAAGAAAGGGAGAGGGAGGCAGAAUUAGGAGACGCUUUCGAUGGCGGUGAAAAGGUUAAGGAUGAAGAUUUUCACUAUCGUUUUUGUCUAUACGGUCUCGGUGUGAGGCUAUUUUGCGGUGUGAGGAGGCUGUUUUUCGGUGUGAGGUGGCAGCCCCCUUGAUUUGAGAGGAACUUGAUUCAAAUGUGUUGGCAGCCGCCGUUCAUCGGUGUGAGGUGGCAGCCCCAUAAUUGAACUUGACUUAAUAAGGGAAAAUACUUAAUAAAAUAAUAAUCUUAAUCAGGAUUUGAAGGGGAGAAAGAAAGCCUAAGUUGUAAGUCACUCAGCCGCUCAAUCAGGCUCAACCGUGGACGAGGAUAGUGAAAGUAGACUAUCUACCUUUAAGCAUGCUAUUGCGCACCAGGUUCACACUGUUGGAAUAAGGAAGAUACAGUUGCUGCAGGAGCUGAAGAAGUUCAGACCAAGAGAGGUCGCAAAAUACGUCGCUCGGAAUAUUGAGGCCAAGAGAUGUCGCUAACAAUAAAGUCUUGGUAUUCUUAGCUAAAAAAGGAUCGGUUACUAAGUAAAGUAGUAUGUAAAUCCUUAGUAGAAGCUGCCAGCAUCAUCCUUUGCUCUUUUCCUCUUUGGAAAAGAAGAAUGUCGACCUCAAAAAGAACAAGAGGUACUAUGAUUUGCUGCUAAAGAGUCAUCAUAUCUAUCAUCAGUAUUUGGAACACGUCGAAACUCUAUCAAGGUUGCGAAUAGCAAUAGAGUAGGGUUACCCUACUUACUGAGAUCCAUCGUGUAGACCAUCUACGACGCCCUUAUGGCAGUCUGCGCUGAACUUUGUAGCAUUCUUCAUAGGCGCGUAAUGGGGAGACGGGCAACGCCCCGGGUGCAGGUACUAGGUAUGUGAUUACUCCUGCCUUUGCUCCUAGUUCUUGAUCAUUGUAAACCGUAGGGGCAGUAGCGUAGUUUGUUAAGGAGAUUAAGAACUCCCCCCUACGCCGGUAGCUACGCGGAAAAUAUGUAGGCAGGUCCUGCCUUAUCUGUUCUGAGCUCGCUUGCAAAGUACGCAGGUAGGUUUUGAUAUAUCGGAACUCGCCCGCGAUACAAAAAAAUAAAAAGCGAGAUUAAUUGUAUUGUAUUGUAUUGUAUUGCACUUCUAAGCAUAGGCAUAUCAUCACUCGCGAUGAGGAUGUGGUUUCUACGGCCUCUAGCAGUGAAGCGUUUUCGUCGGAUUCUGUCUCGGCAGCCAGCGAGAAGGAACUGAUGCAAGUCCGGAAGGACCUAGGGUUCGAUCCAGUGGCCAAAGCUAGAGAUUUGAUUAUGGAAGCCAGUCCCAGUCCAAACACUAACCAACGCAUACGUCGACCCUGCUGAAUAGUCCCUUUAUUUGAAGUACUUAUUUCAGUGUAGUCCUUUUCAACAACAAAGUUCUUCCUUGGAUAGCUUAGCGCCGAGGCUACUCUUCCUUCUCAUCAGUAUCUCGGUUAUUCUGAUCAGUUACUUGCUUAUUUCAGUUUUUCGAGUACUUAUUGCAGUGUAGUCCUUUUCAAGAACAAAGUCUAAAGUGUGAAAAGACGGGCGUGAGAUCAAGGCCACGUCGCCGACAGGACAGGUAAUUCAAGACUUCGUCGGGAAAGUGGAGAGGGACCAAAGGUUUGACAUGGCAGCUGCCCAGAAGCGGCUAGAAGAAGACAGGACGCGAGUAGACAAGUACAAGCUCGAAAGGGACGUUGAGAAAGCACAACGAGAAGUGAACAGUAAAUUGCGGAGGAAGGGAGCUUUGCAGACAGCAGCACCAGAUGAUAUGGGCGAGCUGAAAAUGUUGUCGCCGGAUCGAACUAACGUAGAGCACGAGCGCGGGCCAGUGGGUUACGCCGAAUUUCUUGCUCCUGAACUUGCUGAUGAUUUCAUCACCACGGUGAUGAGAGGUAGAAGUGCCUAGAUGUUGCCUCUCGUAAUUGAUCAUUAUAUAUACUUACAAGUCGACUACUCUUGCUUCAAGUUUCCACAGGUGGACGCUAGUACUGCAAUGAAUAGUACCUGCUAUUGAGAUUUCGGAUAUGACACACGAAGAUUGCGAUUUCUAGACUUGUUCUUCUUUCUAGUUCUAUGAUAUAUUCUUGUCAUUAUUAAUGACAAGAAUAAUGGGUUAAUGACUCAUUAACCCAUUUCCUCGACAACCUACAGCACACCUUUUCCCAUCCAGGUGCCUUGAAAGUAGCUGAGUACGAACCGGUGGAUUUAACCGCCUUAAAGGACGCUGGGUUAGCCGCUGCAGAAGCAAAACUGAGGGCACAGGCGGAGGAGAAUGAGCGCCAGGGAGUCAAACUGGCAGAUUUUGGUCCGGUGCUUGCAGCCAAGGGUUUGGCAGACAAAAUAUCAGAAGGUCAGUUUGGAACAGUUAAGGCUACUGUAUGCGAGAAGCAUUUGUGCGAAAGAUUUUCGCGCAAAUUUCAGAUGUUUGAACUUCAGUUUGUUAGUCGUGUGACAGAGCCCGUUUGUCAGUUGUAAAACAGAAAAUGGGUUGAAGAUUAGAGCUACACGACCUACUUUUACAACAUCUUCAUCAAGUGCUCUUUUCUCUAAUACAUGCGCAGAUCUGUUUGAUUUCAAGGGCAUUGACGACAAGUACAUGCUGGCAGCGGAUAUUGAGCGGAAGGAAAUAUUUAUUCCAGAUGCUGGUCCUGUGAAGAGGAAUAUGGACUAUUUAGCCCAAAUCAAGGGACUUGAAGAGCAAUACAUGAACGAGCCUGUGUUGUUGGACAAAAAUUAAGGCUAGUAGUACAAACGCUACAAAGUAUCUAAAAGAAGUACUAAAACUUCAGCAGGAUGAUCGUGAUGUUGCUUAGCAUCAUCCUUAGCAAGGAACAAGAUGCAAAAGAAACGGAUCCCUAAUGCUUAUCUUCGUAAAUAGAAGGAGCCUCUUCUUGCUUCUAACAACAGUUGCGUGAGGAUUUGGACGAGUUAGCUCGCGCCGAGGCGUACUUGAAGCCUAAGGGGUCGGACGAAAUGUACAUGAUGGAUGCCCCACUGCUAGACCGUUUCGAAGGCGCAUUGACUGAUGUCCGGUUAGUAGAUCGCGCUGGCGCUGGCUUCGGGCAAUACUUGCCAGAAGUUUUAAGGGAUGAGGUGUUGGCGAUGAUGAGGCCACUGGAUGUGGUGGACGAUGCGAACCAGAUCAAGCCCAGCGACAUUGCACCGGCGCCGGACUCUCAGCUGACCAAAAUUUAAGCAGGCUACUUAGCUACAACUGUACUUAACUGAUUCUGUAAUAGAAAGAUACAAGAAUGAUUCAUCUACAUCUUGAUCGUGAUUGUGAUUCCUUCCAUUUUUCCAUAUAGUUGAUCUCCAGGAAUCACAAUCUACAAAAGCAUCUGUGAUAGGCGUUCCUUUAGCACAACCACAAGGGAAAUAGCACAACCACAAGGGAAAUAGCACAACCACAACACCAACACGUGAAAAAUGACUUGAAGAUGAAUGAUAAAGAUAAAUUAAUAUGGGAAAACAAAAUCUAAAAAAUGCGACCUGAAGAUCUGUACCCGUUUGCAGACGAGCUGUUCCGUGAUUUCGGUCCUAGGCAGGGUGCAGAUUUGGCCCGACGUUUGGAACUGGACACUUCACUCAAACGCACUAGUUUCGUCACGGGUGCGCAACCGGAACGACUAGAGGGUGGUUUGUUCCUCGACUAUGCUGGUCAGGGAGCGAACUUAGCGGUGAAUAACGAAGGUCUAGACCAGCACUUGGCGGGGCGAAUGAGUUUUGUCACAGGAAUGCAGCCAUUGGAUCGUGAGACAGGUGAGUUCAUCAACUAUGCGCAAGGUGGUGCGGGUCUGACAGUUGGCACGGAAGUAAUUAUGGCCUACCCACGACCUUCUAAUGGUCCAUCUGGAGCGGAGUGAUCCCACGAGAGACGUUUCUUUUCAAGGAGAAACAAACUUCGUCUCAGGAUGGUCUUCGUCUUCAAGGUAGAUGGAUUUAUUUUGAGGGUGAUGCCACUCUAAAGUAAGCGACCUGCCUAUUCGAUUUUCACAAGUGGCAGGUAUGCAACCAGAGCAGAUGCCGACUGGCUACUUCUUGACCCAGGAUCGAAGGGAUCUCGGAUAUCAACUCGACGAGGCAAUGGCAGCAAGAAUGUCCAUCGGAACCUCGAUGCAUCCAGAACUCUUGCCAACUGGUUAUAUGCUGCAAAAGACGAGGGCUGGUGCUGGAAUGGUCCCGGACAUGCAAGAGGAGAUGGAUGCGGCAUUGGGAGAUACAAGGGUUGACUUCGUUCCAGGUGCGCAGCCAUUGGACUACAGAGCGAAGCUAGACAGAGGACGCGAAGGUCUGGGUCUGGCGGAAUAUUAUGGCAUUAGAUUGACACAAUUGAUAGAUAUUGUUUGACGUCUUUUGUCGAAGGAUGACGACCUGCAAAUCUCUGCUUGUAGUUAUCCAAAUGAAAAUCUACUGGUUGAAGCACUAGAAUAAGAAGUACUCUCGUCAGAAGAUGCCAGCGGGAAAUUCCUCGUCCGAAGUGUCAGCCACGGGAAAUUCCUCGUCCGAAGUGUCAGGCACGGGAAAUUCCUCGUCCGGAGUGUCAGACUCAGCGAAUCCAAGUGAUCAGUUCUAAUGUAUUCUGCCCGAAGCAGCGCGCACCAGUUUCGUGACUGGCAUGCAGUUUGACGAGCGGGGCCUCUUAGAUGGGGGUGCCACCUCAGGUGGCGCAGGGCCAGCGGACCGGGUGGAAUAUCUGCCUGAAGCCGCGCGGACGUCGGUCAUUGGAGGAUUGGACGGCAUCACGCCACAUAUUGAAGCUGGAGGGACACAGCGUGGGCACGGUCCUGCGGAUAUUGCUGGAUAUUUGCCAGAAUACGGCCAAGCAUUGCCGGAGAUGACGGAUGUGCAGAUGAGGCCGCAGAUUAAGAAGUUCAUCAGCUUUUAUCGUCCGUCCUUCUCAGGCGCAUCUCGGUACUUACCCUCUUCCCUUGAGUCGCUUAGGGGAAAGGGGUCCCUUUUGUAUUUGUUUCCCUUGUAAAUAUUCUUUUCAGGGGAAACAUACAAAGGGGUCGAGCAGAUGAGGGGAACGAGAAUGAUGAAUACAACAAGCCGACUCUAAUCAGAUAGUAGAAACGUUGCGAGAGAGAGCGGACAAGGCGCAUUUAGGCGGCCCGUCUGCUGCUACGCGUGGUGGAAUCGAUACGCUGAAAGACUACAAGGGCUUGAAUGAGGAAGAACUGUUGCACAUGGAAAACUUGCGUGGUGAUGGCGACGACGUGCGGGAUCGUUUGGGCGCAGCUGGCUUCGCAGGUGGUGAUCGCGGUCGGCUGUUGCGCACGCUGGAAAAAUACCAGGGUCUGAAGGAACAAGAACUGCUGCACCCACUUGUCCCACCUGAGUUCUUACGCCUCAUGCUACUUGUAGUUGAGCUUUAUUAUAUUUAAUGAUUUUGAACGGUGGUCAUGAUGUUCUAUUACUAGACUCAUAGAAGUACUAUUAUUCACUACUACUCAUAUUUAUUAAUCAUUGACCCAUUCUAUUACUACUCAUAAUUUUUCAGCUUGUUCCUUAUAAUGAUUGGAUGGUCAUGUUCACUGUCAGAACUUAGCUCUACGCAUAUAGUCCUAACGCAAAAAAAAAAAUACGGACGAUGCUAGGAACGGCAUUAUCAGGGAUACACCCAUGACAUAGAUUGCAUGUUGCUUGCUCUUGUGCUGUGUGCCUUGGAUGGUGCUUUUUGUAAAAGUAUAGUUUUUUAGAGAAAGUCCUACUAGACUAGUUGUGCAGGGAGGACCAUGUUCUACUACUACUAAGAAACUACAGAGAUGAUCAUAUGCUACAAAGACAGGACUGUUAGGUUACACACUAAGUUACGGAACACACUGACUACUUACACUGAUUGCCUUUUCCCACCAUACUACAUAGCUCAUGCAUACCUCUUCUAAAGUUUGACGAAGCAGCAAUGGAGGCGGCCAGGAUGCAGCAUAUGUGGGGGAUGGGGGAGUUGGGAGGCGAGCUCCCUCUAGACAUCCGACCCUACUUGGCAGAUAAGUUAAGGCUCAAUAUGAAUAUCCUUCAUUUCUACCAGUCAUUUAUCGCAGUUUCCUUCUUGGGGUUCUAAAGAAAUGAAGUGAAGAAGUGAAAUACUUUGAGCUCUAAAUAAGGAUGCUCUUAUCGGCUCUCCACAACAACAGCUCAUAAUGGCUGCGGGAAGACAACGAGGAGGUAUCUUAUAGCUCGUUUGUUUUUCGGAAACGUGUGGCUCUCAAUUGCAUUGGUGGCAGCGUGGGUGAAUGAGCGACUGUUCUUUGUUCUUGGGUUGGCAAACUGCGUAGUUGUUCUCUCAUCUUGUUUUGCUUCGUGCGUUUUUCGGCUUGUUCAGGCUUAAUCUUAGUACUUCUGAAUCUGAUCGAUGUACUGACGAUAAAAAACUUCACUUGCACCUUUUCGUGAUUUACAUACGAAUGUAAAUAGAAGCAAGUUGACCUUAUGUAAAUAGAAGCAAGUUGACGAGCUUUUUUUGUUAUUUCUCAUUUCUAUAAAUAUAAUAUAGGUAUCAAGGAGGGCACCGAAGGGGUGAUUCCCACUAUGCGAACGGAGACGAUGCCGAAAUUCAUCGAACCUGUGAUGGAGACUAAGACAGUGGAGGAAAAACGAACGUCCUACACUUAAGGCUACAACCUCCAAAAAGCAUCCUCAUAAGUACAUUAAAUGACCUUGCUUUGGCAUUGGCUCUUAUUUUUUUCCUUGAAAAAGAACAAGCCCUUAAGGAGGAUGCUCCCUCCCAAGGAUGUUCUUAAUGCGGUUGUACACCCUCCUUGAAAAAGAACAAGCCCUUAAGGAGGAUGCUCCCUCCCAAGGAUGUUCUUAAUGCGGUUGUACACCCUCUUCUAAAAGAUGCACAUUCAUGGCGCCCAGAGGAGAAGGACCCUAGACCGCCAGAGAGACGACGAAACCGCUUUGAUCGAAAAGGCGAUGCCUGGGUUGGUGACCGAAUUACGCCCAGUCCCGCUAGCGAUCGGUCCCGUGCCACACGUCGGACCCGUGCUUCAGAAAAUGAGGGACGGCUUGAGCAGCCCGGCUCGUGAUGACCUCCAACGUGGUAGGUUGCAGCCUUUGCCGAAGGUAACGGCAGGCGACGCAGAAGCGAUCCCGGAAUUAAAGCGAGAUGACAUUAUCCACCGAUUCGCAGAUCCUGUGACCAUAGUUGGAGUUAAGGUCUGCCUCAUCUCCUUGCAUAACAUCUUCAUUUUCAUCUCCUGAUAUUUCCGCAUUUUCUCUAGCUUCGGCUACAACUUUCUCUUUUUGCUAUUUUUCUUCGUUACCACCAUCUUCUGGUACUCUGUGCUCUACUUUGUGAGGUGACAUCGACAUGUAACAUACUCCACUGACAACAUAGUUGGAGUUCUUAGGGUCUGUUAGGUAGAAGUCUCUUAAAGAGACUCAGUCUUAUAGGAGCUGCGACAGGGAGGUGGACACACACCUGAGAAAAAACCUUUUUUCAACCGUCCAAGAUGCUCUCCAAGAUGAAUUAAGGAAAGCGCUAAUGAAGGGGAAGUCCAGCCGUUGCCAGAGGCAGGCUUGAUGCCGGUAAACACGCAGUUUGCCACACCGGUAAAAAUAGUUGGUGGAGAGGUCCAGCCAUUGCCAGAGCCUGGGCGCAUGUCGCGCACACAGCUCAUUGCUGAUUAAGAAUCAUCGAUUUUAUUUGAGUGAAGAAAUAUUUGUGUUUUUUUAGGUCAUCUCGUUCUUGAAUAGUAUCUAUUAAUAUGUAUGAAUAGAUCUUCAUAGAACUUCUUAUAAGGUUCAGCACUGUAUGAAUAGAGCUUCAGCACUGACUCAAGAAAAAGCAGCAAUCUACUGCUACCUAUUGCCUUAAUCUUCACAGAACUGCUCUUCUCUACCGUGAAAGGGGGAUCAUCAUAGUAACUCUUCUAAUGUGAACCUGUGAAGAUCGUCGGGGGUGAGCGGCAACCAGUUCCGGAGCCGAUGCGAAUGUCAGUGAAUCCGAUGUUAGCGACACCUGUAGAAAUGCCACAGGACUACGGUUUGACCUAUGCACAUCAUGAUAUUACGGCCUUGGUACUAAAGACUUACUAAAGGCUCCUCUUUGUUUCAAAGACUUAAAGACUAUUCUGCAUUGUACCAAAAGCUUACCAAAAGCUACUGAUUACUGGUGUGAAGAAUUCCUCUACGUCGUCGGUUCAUUUACGUAUCAUUGUAAUUCACUGCAGUGUGCUUGCUUCUGCGUAGCAUAUGAUGAUCCCUCGCUGUAGUACUACUUACUAGGACGUUUUUGACACAUCUUUUCGUGAGAAACUCUGUUCUUACAGUUACAAGUGAGUCUGUUGUGAUAGACUCUGUUCUUACAAGUGAGUCUUCCUGUGCACAACAAUAAGUGAGUCUUCCACCACCUCUUCUAGCUUUUCUUGUUCCACCACCUCCCGUCUAAUGCUGCAGAGUUUUUGCGGCCUUUUUUAGUAAGGAAUCAGGAGGAAGCGGGGAUCAUGAACCGGAUGAUGCAAACUGCAAAGGACGCGGGUCAGCUUCAAAGACGAUCCGUGGCCAGUAGAGCACAACCGACGAAAACCGCUGCUCCAGCGCCGAAUUUAUGGCGAGUGUAGUUUUUAGCACUAAUAGCUAGCCUUUCAUCACUAUUUCGCUGAGUGUAGUUUCUGGUACUGAUGUCGAUCGAAGAUUAACAUGAUGUCGAUUGUAGAAAAGCUACGCCGUUAGUUUAGUACUCAUAAAUACCCUUGGAUCACUCGCUCCUAUUUCAGCUUCUCUUCGAGUUCUCCCUAAGUAAUGUCGAUCGAUUGUCCCACACGCGCAUCGUUCAGUAGCGUACUAGGCUUUUAGUAAGGGACAUACCUAAUCGAUACUCAUCUUGAAGCAGGAUACCUCAAUCGAUACUCUUGAAGUAGGAUACCUCACAGGCUAUCUUGAUAAUACGGGACAUGAUCGACACUUUUGAAGUAGGACACCUCUUAAGGACGUUAGAGGCAGCAGAGGGAUAACUUUUCUUAGAGAAUCAUACAUCAUCAUGACCUUUUCUUAUUAUUAGAAUGGCACUUCUAAUAAAGGCACAGUUGGACAUGGCGAACACCGUUGUUCGAGGUGCUUUGCAGUAUGCCAAAGAUAGUGCUCAACGAGACGCGCUUGCUCUUCUCGCUGGAGUCGCACCCGCACCGAAUGCACAAG